AUGACUCAUCGCACCUUGUGCUUUCCGAGCUCCAUCGGACAGAUUGACGACGUCAGUAACAGCCAUUUAGCAGCGAUAUCCUCCCCAGACUUUCUUUCAAACUCUCACCCCUCUCUUCUUGUUGGUGCUGCAGCCGCAACCACUAUAGCGACGUACCUCGUUCGCAAAGCGAUCGACGAUUCAAAACGCCUCUCAACCCUUCCACCCGGCCCGCCCGCGAAAUGGUUCUGGGACAGCCCGAUACCCCUGCAUAACACUCAUCUUGAAAUAUCGAAGUUGACCGAACAGUAUGGUGACGUCUUCACCCUACGCAGUGGUAACAAUAUCACCAUCGUCAUCGGUCGCGUUGAGCCCGCGCUUGAAAUUCUCGAGACACAUGGAGGCAUCACGCUCAGCAGGCCAGAGCUUGUCGCAGCAGGGACGAUGCUCUCGCGGGGCCAGAGGCUCAUUUCCCAGCCUGCUGGAGAUCUAUUCAAGAGGAUGUGCAAGGCAGUACACGAGCCACUUCAGCCGAAGACUGCCAUGUCGUACGCGCCGCUUCAAUUCGAAGCCGCCAAGAGAUAUGUCCUGAAUAUGCUUGAGCGCCCUGAUCUUGCUCAGCAUCAUGCAGAACUGUACGCAGCGACUGUUACACUCAAGCUGACCUACGGAAAAUCCGCUCCAUCCUCAUUUGACGACCCCGACAUCAAGCGAAUCCACAAGGUUAUAAAACAUUUUUCUCGCGUCGUCCGCCCGGGCGAAUAUCUCGCCCAACGGCUUCCUUGGUUGAAGAACGUCCCCGGAUACGCACCGGAGCUGAAAGAAUACCGCCAGUACGAGCUCGGUUUGUUCUAUGAGCAAGUCGGCAAGACAAAAAGUGCCAUCGAGGGAGGGGAAGAUAUCGGACCAUCGUUCACGCGGUAUCUGCUCGAGAACCCAGAGGUGCAUGGUCUCACCCCUGACGAGACGGCAUAUCUCGCUGGCACCCUUUACGCAGCGGGUUCGGAUACGACGUCUGUCGGAAUGUCCACUAUUGUCCUUGCAGCCGCGAAGUAUCCUGACCUUCAGGCCAAAAUACAUGCGGAAAUUGAUACCAUCAUCAGCGACCGGGUUCCGACACCUGAUGAUAUGCACACUUUACCUUACCUCGAUGCCUUCACGCAGGAGGCACUGCGCUGGCGCCCGAUUGUGCCACUCGGUGUCAUGCAUAAAGCGACGGCCGACUUUGCGUGGAAUGGGUAUCACAUCCCUGAGGGUACGGCCAUCCUUGGCUGUCACUGGGCCAUCUCGCGCGAUCCGGUCGCUUUUCACGACCCGGAGAAGUUUGACCCGCAGCGUUGGUUAAGUGCAGACGGCCAGUUGAAGUCUCAGAAGGAGAUACGGUACUUCACCUACGGUUUUGGAAGACGCGUCUGCCCUGGUCAACACGUAGCAAACCGAUCUAUGUUUAUCACCAUGGCUCUCCUGUUCUGGGCCUUCCGUAUUGCAGAGGACCCGGCGCAUCCCAUCGACGUGGACGCGUACGAUGCUAAUAAUGUUUCACAUCACCGCGGGUUCAAGGUUGCCGUUGAGCCACGUCGAAGUAUCGAAGAGAUUAAGCAGCUCCUUGGCGACUUCAGCAUCUAG